AUGGUCAACCUUUUCCUCUUGUGUAUAGCUACACUUGCUAGCGCCUAUCCGGCGUGUGACAAUUCAUGUGCUAGCGCUUAUCCGGACCCCGGCCCUUGUACAGGGAACUGCUGGACACAUGAUCCUUCCAUGAUCCAGCGCGAGCUGGAUGGCAUAUACUUCCGCUUCUCGACUGGGUACGGGGUUAACACCAUGGUGUCGCCCUCGCUCGAGGGUCCAUGGGUGGAUUGGGGUGCAGCGCUGCCGGGUGGCUCAAGCAUUCAGCUGGAGGGUGUCGACAGCACGGACAUUUGGGCUCCAGAUCUGCACUAUGAGGAUGGCAUCUACUACAUGUACUACGUGGUGUCUAAGCUCGGCACGCAGACCUCGGAAAUUGGCGUGGCGACCUCUACGACGAUGGAACCAGGGACAUGGACCGAUCACGGCGUGAUUGGCCUGCCCCCAAAUGACGCCUACAACCGCAUCGACCCCAAUUGGAUCACUAUUGACGGCAAGCAGUACCUACAAUUCGGCUCCUACUGGGAGGACCUCUUCCAGGUCGAGCUUGCUAGCCCACUGGAGGUUAGCACUGCCAACCCGCCGCACCAGCUAGCCUAUAACGCCAGCCUGAACCACCGCGAGGAGGCCUCGUUCCUGUUUCAGCAUGGCGAUUACUACUAUCUCCUAUUUAGCGGCGGUAUUGCAGGCGGUUACACGGCGACUUACCCAGAUCCAGGUGAGGAGUACCGUAUCCAUAUGUGUCGUUCGACGAGUGGAACCGGGGACUUUUAUGACAAGGCUGGUACUUCGUGCUUGGAAUCUGGCGGCACUAUCUUACUAGAGAGCCAUGACCAGAUCUACGCUCCUGGUGGACAGGGUGUCCUCAAUGAUAAGGCUCUCGGCCACGUCCUAUACUAUCAGUACUAUCCGCUCGCGGCGAAGGAGGCUGGUGGAGAGGGUGACGCCGCCUACACGUACGGCUGGAACGAGCUGGGCUGGGAGGACGACUGGCCGUACGUGAAGGCCACCUGA